AUGAGUGCUGAGUUUGCUCGAGUUAUCACCCAGGAGAUCGCCUCUGGUACUAUUCGACUGGACUUUCGCGGUGUAGCACUGGGCGAUUCGUGGAUUUCGGCGAUGGAUUACGUGAACACAUGGGGCGAAUAUCUCUACGCCAAUUCUUACCUCGACAGCAAUCAGCUGGCUCGUGUGACAGCUCAGGCGAAAAAUUGUCAGAAGAAAGUCGAUCAGAACCAAUGGUCUCAGGCCACAACAUGCUGGGGUAACAUGGAGGAUCUUAUUGAAUUGGUUCGUGAUACUGUGCCUUUCUGA